AUGGCUGCUGUGUGGAAUACUGUGGCACAACCACAGGUCUUCUACCAUGAUGAGGGGUAUUUCAUCCUUAAGUUUCCUAAUGUUGAGGAUAAAAACACUAUAGUUUCUGGUGGACCCUAUACCUUCUAUGGUAAACCUAUCAUCAUUAAGCCUUGGGUAGCAAAUUUCAAUUUCUAUGAAGAAGUUCUUAAGGUUAUUCCACUGUGGGUGAAAUUUCCUAAUCUUCCCCUCAACUGUUGGGGUAGUGACUCUCUUAGCAGGAUUAGCAGCUUGUUGGGAGUUCCUUUAUUUGCAGAUGGAUGCACAACAAGACAAGAAAGGGUCUCAUUUUCUAGGGUCCUGAUUGAAAUGGAUGUCACGAAUCCACUGCCUGAUCAUGUUUGGAUAGAGGAUGCUAAUGGGAAAGCUUUUAAACAACCAGUGUCAUAUGAUUGGAAGCCACAAUUCUGUAAGACUUGCAAUGUAGUGGGGCAUGACUGUGAUAAAAUACAGAAGGCUCAGCCUGCUAAGCCAGCUAUAAAGAAAGUUUGGGUGCCAAAGAAGGUGCAACAAGUCGAGCAACCACAAGCUGUAAAUACCAGUGCACAAACACCACCUCACACUCAAGUAGUUCCACAAGCCAGUGAAAAUGUUGACUGGCAGAUUGUAACCAGAAGGACCAAGGGUCCUUCUAGAACGAGAAACAUGAGUCCUAAUAAUCCAUUCACAGUUCUUUCAGGUGACUUGGGGUUCAAGGAAAUAACUGAUGGGGAUAUGGCAGGAGCUGGGGGUGACCACACUGUUCUUCAAGAAUCUAAUCAUGAAGAAGCUUUGAUUGAAACUAGAGUUAAACAAGCAAAGUUCAAGCAACUUUCUAGCAAGUUUGGUAGAUAUUGGAACUGGGGAGAGAAUUAUAAAGAUAACCCUAGAGGCAGGAUUUGGCUAGGUUGGCAACACCUUGAGGUGGAUUUGUCUAUUCUAACCUGUCAUGAGCAGUUUAUCCAUUAUGUGAUUAGAGAUAGGUCUGGGAGUGUUUACUUGUAUUUCACUGCAGUUUAUGGGCUACAUACCAUUGAGGCCAGAAGAAGUUUGUGGACAUCUUUGUUGCAGAUUCAAGCCAGUGUGGGGUCAUACCCAUGGCUCUUGUCAGGUGACUUUAACACCAUCUUGGCUGAUGGUGAUAGAAUAAAUGGAGGUCCUGUGACUUUAACAAUAUUGCUAUUUCAGCUGGACUUUGUGCUUUGCAGAGUGUUGGUGGCUAUUUUUCAUGGCAUAAAGGGGCUGUAUCUAAACUUUUCUAUCUCUGAUCAUGUGCCUCUAAUGGUAACUUCUUUGCCUGAUGUACCUGAUGGGGGUAAACCAUUUAGAUUCUUGAAUUUCCUUGUUGAUCAUACACAGUUUGAGCCUUUGGUGAAAGCAGUUUGGGAUUCUCCUGGUACAGGAUCAUGCAUUUUCCAACUUUGGUGUAAGCUGAAACGAGUGAAGUGUAAAUUGAAGAGUCUUCAUAGGGAGGACUUCGCUGGUAUUUCUGAGAAGAUUGACAAAGCUAGAUCGUUGCUGGCAUUUGUACAACAAGACUUGGUUACUUCUCCUACUCCUGAGUUGCAUCUGCAAGAAGCUGAUUGUAUAGCUGAGUUGAGGAAAUGGCUCAAGGUAGAUGAGAUUGCUUUAAGGCAAAAGUCCAGAAUUCAGUGGUUGCAGAAGGAAGUCAUCUCUUUCUAUAAUGCCCUAUUUGGUUCUUCUGCUCAUUCUCUUCCUUCUGUCCACUUGCCUACUUUGAGGAAGGGGUCAACCCUUAGUGUCUCUGCUAAGAAUUGGCUGAUUAGGCAGGUUACUAAUGAUGAAAUUGAUCAAGCCCUGAAAUCUAUUGGAGAUGAUAAAGCUCCUGGUCUGGAUGGACUUAAUGCUAUAUUCUUUAAGAAAUCCUGGCAUACUAUCAAGGAGGAUGUUUACAAAGCAGUUAAAGAGUUGUUCCUGACUAACAAAAUGUUACCUCAGUUCAAUACUACAUCCAUCACUCUUGUUCCAAAAGUUCCUAAUCCUACCUUGGUUAAAGACUUCAAACCCAUUAUUGUUUUAAUGUGGUCUAUAAACUGGCAGAUUGCAGAUAAUAUUUUGCUUGCUACUGGGUUGAUCAAAGGCUACACCAGGACUCAUGUUUCCCCUAGAUGUCUGCUGAAAGUUGAUUUAAGAAAGGCAUAUGACUCCAUUGAAUGA